AUGGCGAGUCACAUCAUAUACGUGCUCGUGCCGCCGCACGCCACCAGCGCGCAGCUGCAGCUCAGCGCUGCGGUCCUCGCGCAGCUCGAGGCGCAGAUGCAGCGGCUCGGGGACGGCCCGAGCAGCCCCCGCGACGCGUUCUACGUCGUGGACACGGCGGCCAUUGACGACCGCUACAAGCUCUGGCACGCGCACCUGCCGCAUGUGCGGCCGUACUACGCCGUCAAGUGCAAUCCCGACGCGGCGCUCAUUGAGAGCCUCGCGCGGCGCGGCGCGGGCUUUGACUGUGCGAGUGAGACAGAGAUCCGCGCGGUGCUCGACGCGGGCGUGGCGGCCCGCGACAUUGUCUACGCCAACCCGUGCAAACAGGGCUCGCAGAUCGCCUACGCGCGCGCGCAGGGCGUCGACGUCAUGACGUUCGACUCGCUGGACGAACUGGUGAAGAUUCAGGUCAUUAGUCCGCGCGCGCAGCUCGUGCUGCGGCUGUACGUGGACGACUCGGCGUCGGUGUGCCGCCUGGGGACAAAGUUUGGCGCCAUGGUCCACGACGUGCCGGACCUGUUGACAAAGGCCAAGUCGCUUCAGUUGGAUGUCGUGGGCGUGAGCUUCCACGUUGGCAGCGGGUGUUUCAAUGUCGACGCCUAUGGCCAUGCGGUCGCUCGGGCCCGCAAAGUCUUUGACAUUGGCCACGCAAUGGGCUUUGACUUUGAGCUGCUGGACAUUGGCGGUGGCUUUCCUGGCACCGAGACCGGUCCGAUUCGCUUUGAAGACUGUGCUCGCGAGCUCAGGCAGUCGCUGGCGCGGCACUUUCCAGUGGACAGUGGCGUGCGGGUGAUCUCGGAACCCGGACGCUUCUUUGCGGCGUCGACCCACACGUUGGCGGUGAACAUUGUUGGCCGCAAAGUGGCACCGACGGUGGACGGCCCGGCUCAAGCACCGGAGCUGGUCAGUGCUGCUGCUGCUGCGAAACAAGGGCCCAACUAUAUGUACUUUGUAAACGACGGCUUGUACGCGUCGUUCAACUGCAUGGUGUACGACCACCCGUCGAUUCAGCCGGUGAUCAUGUCGAACGCUGCCUCGCUGGAUGCUACGCCCAUGUACAAAGCCAGUCUCUGGGGCCCCACGUGCGACGGCAUGGACUGUAUUAUGAAAGAAGUCGAGCUGCCGUUGCUGGACGUGGGGCAGUGGAUUGUGUUUCCGAGCAUGGGCGCGUACACGUGUGCUGCCGGCUCGGACUUUAACGGCUUCCAGCGUCCUCAGAAAAUCUACUUUGACUCGCAGUUCGUGGCAGACGACCAGCAGCAGUUUGUGCACUAG